AACGCUGUGAGCUAGCCACUUUUGCAGUGUUACUCUAGUACUCUGCAAUCCAUGCGUAUUUUAAUAUCUCUUGAAUUGACACAGUUAGAACAGUGUUCUGUCAAGGUUCUGUCAAAAGAGUACUGGACUGACAGUUCUAUUCGUUAGUUAACAGGCAAUGGUAUUUGGCAUGGCUUACUCUUAAGUGAUAUUACCACAGCUACAAAAUGGACGUGGUGCCCCCUGAGCUAAACAGCCUGCUCCCGGACGAGAUCAUGGACACUGAGGCCAUCGUCACUGAUGAUGACCUCCCUGCUGUCUGCCCUGCUCCGCCCAACCCCCUGGAGACGCAGGACGCUCCCGUUCCCAUGGAGACAGAGGUGCCGGAGAUAGUGACUCUGUGCACAGCGGCACCUUCUAUACCCGUGCAGAGAACUCAGGCCUUGACCACCCUCACUAGCACGGACUCGACCCCCUCCAGUGGGACUGGGAGCACGGGCACCCAGCUCCUCCUCACUCCCUCCAGCUCCACCAUGACUCUCCAGCCCACCUCCCUCACGCUCACCGCCCCCAAACCCAGCAGCCCGCAGGUCACAGGGAGCCUGCAGAAGCUCUCCACUCCUCUCGCCCUCCCUGCCAACCACCAGCUCAUCCUCAACAAGGUGGCGUCCUCCCCAGGCUCGGAGGCCAAGCCAACAAUGCUCAAGCCUGACGGCCAGAAACUGGUACUCACCACGCUCGGAAAGGCUGGCCAGCCCAUUGUUUUGGCGCUGCCGCCCGGGGCUGGCAAAGCUGGCACCAUGUUGAGCCCAGGGGACGGCAAAGGGCAGCCUCAACAGUUCAAGGUGGUGACCAUUGGGGGCCGCACCGACCUGAAACCAAUCGGGGUCCAAGCGGUGAGCACUGCCAGUCAGCUGAUAGGCACGUCACAGACAGCCCAGCAGGGUCAGCAGCUCAAGACGCUACAGAUCACCAAGAAAAUCCCAGUCUCCACUGCUGCCCCAGUAAUCACAAAAUACAUCAUCACAAAGGCUCUUAACAGCAAAGGCUUGACCAGCCAAACGUCUGUGUCGCCUGUGGUUACAGGGCGGGUUCUGACCCAGAGCACCCCAGGAACGCCCCCUCGGACCAUCACAGUUGCGGAUGCGCUCAGCACCAGUGGAGGUAGUAAGGUGGCCAUCUCCCCCCUCAAGUCUCCAAGCAAGUUGACCGUGGUGUCCGUGGCCUCUCCGUCGCCCACUUCCCCUCAGAAGUCCGUGGCCGUUCCCCUGAGCGUGGCGCUAGGUCAACAGAUUCUCACAAUGCAGCAGUCCACCCCCACGUCACCUGCCAAAGCUGGGGUCAGCCUCUCCGCACAGAAUGUGAAGCCUGUCCAGACGGUCUCCAUGGGGGGAGUGCCGCCCCAGUUCAAGACCAUCGUCCCCCUGGCCACCCCUCCCAACGUGCAGCAGAUCCAGGUCCCCGGGAGCCGCUUCCAUUACGUGCGGCUGGUGACGGCGUCAAGCGGGAGCCACACGGUCACUGGUAGCAGCCCCAGCAGCGUGGCUGGCACCAUACAGCCAGCCAAGCCCAUGGUGGUCAACUCUGCAGCGGUCCGGAUGUCUGUUCCCAUUGUUUCAGCUCAAACUGUAAAGCAGGUCGUGCCCAAACCUCUCACGUCAGCAAGCCCCCAGGUGGUGACCAGCCAACAGCAGCGCCUGAUCAUGCCAGCCACGCCCCUCCAGCAGAUUCAGCCUCUGCCCCCCGGAACUUUACUUGCCCCAGCCCAUGGUCAGGGGAACAUGGGCUACGCCGUUCUCUCCGCGCCAUAUGUCACACAGCUUCAGCAGUCAACAAUAGUGACACUGGCCAGCAACUCUGGAUUUUCCACACCAUCCAGUGUACAAACACAAGCCAGAUUGCCUCUUAAUGGUCUUUCAGCUUCAGAUUCUACAUCAAGACCAAGGAAGCCAUGCAAUUGUACAAAAUCACAAUGUCUGAAACUUUAUUGUGAUUGCUUUGCCAACGGGGAGUUUUGCAGCAACUGUAAUUGCACCAACUGCUUUAAUAACCUGGAGCAUGAGUCAGAGCGAUUAAAAGCCAUCAAGGCGUGUUUGGACCGGAACCCAGAAGCCUUUAAGCCCAAAAUUGGCAAAGGCAAAGAGGGCGAGUCGGACCGCAGGCACAGCAAGGGCUGCAACUGCAAGCGCUCGGGCUGUCUGAAGAACUACUGCGAGUGUUACGAGGCCAAGAUCAUGUGCUCAUCCAUCUGUAAGUGUGUGGGCUGCAAAAACUUUGAGGAGAGCCCUGAGCGGAAGACUUUGAUGCACCUGGCAGACGCAGCGGAGGUUCGGGUGCAGCAGCAGACAGCGGCCAAGACCAAGCUCUCGUCACAGAUCUCAGACCUGCUAACCCGCACCACUCCAACCAUAUCCAGCGGAGGGGGGAAGCUUCCCUACACGUUUGUCACUAAGGAAGUUGCAGAAGCAACGUGCGACUGUCUGAUGGAGACGGCCGAGCAGGCAGAACUGUCCAAUCAGUCGCAGGCUAUGGCCGAGCGGGUCAUCCUGGAGGAGUUUGGCCGCUGUCUCAAGAGAAUCAUUAACUAUGCCGGCAAAGCCAAGACGGACUGCUGUUAGGCAGCCGGAACCAACUCCAACCAGCGGACCACCUGGCAACUCCCAGCAGGAGCCGAAAUGGGUAUAGCCACGGUCACAUCCUCCCAAACUCAAGUCAACCACACGUAUCUGUCUGGCACAAAAGCUGGAAGACCUCAACCCCUCGCCCCAAAGCAUUCGCAGGGAUGCCCCCCAUCUACCCAGUCGACAGGUAGGAAGGAAUGUCCCUUGCCAAUCAGGGGAUGGGCCACCACAGGAGAGAGACAUGGCUGUGAAGCCUCAGCCUCUUUGAGGAGGCUCUAGUGGCCACAAGCCCUGGGAGAGGUCAGCUGGAGGUGAAGACCAGAGACCUAGCGUCCCCUUACCAGCGCAGUCUCUUCCAGCAAAUUGUUGUUGAGUCGAGAGCGCUAUGGAAAGACACGGGAAUGACAGAAAUGGCAUUCAACACAGGAAUGAUAUUUUGUGGGCUCCCGCAGAGAGUAGUAUUGCACAGUAUGCUUUUUUGGGAUGUCAUUUAGAGUGUUUAUAUUUACUUUUGAAGUAGGUUUUUAUUUCUUUAUUUCAAUGGUCUAUUUUUCAUUACAUUUUUUUAUCCAUCAUGGAAAUUGCUGAUCUUUCAGUGCAGUCUUCAGAAAUCUCUCUGAAAUGUUAAUUUUCAACUAAUUGCUUCACCUAAAAGGCUUGGCUGAGGCAUCCACAUAUUCAACAUUCAGCUCAUUUUUCAAUCAUGAUUUAUGUACAGCAAGUAGCCUAUACUGUAGCCUAUAAUUAAAGAGAUGCUUCUUUUGGUAUUUAUUUUGAUCCUGAGGUUGGUCAUGGAGCCAACCACAAAGUGGUGGAAAGUUACUCAGAGUAAAGUAAUUAUCAGUGAGCUGUGUUGUUACCUUUUGGAUCUCACAAGUUUUGUGGGCAGCGAUAUUGCCGUUGUAGAGUUUGCAUUAGCAGGCUUUUUGGCAACAGCUACCACAAGUAUGGAAAAUAAUAUUUGGCCUGUUCUAAAGUCCUAUUCAGAACGAUGCAAGACCUAGGCUAGUUUGAUAUUCAUAAUGCUUAAGAAAAAGUCUUGUUUGUGCUAUGCUAUUAACUGCUAAAUUAUGGAAAUAUUUGAAAAUUUCCUUUAAUUUUAACAUUCUUUCAUAAAGAUGUUCAGACUUUUUGAAAUAUAGAAUUCUUACUAAAUUAUCAAGAACUGUCAAGGGAAACUGACUAAUAACGUGUAAUUUGUUAAUUAACUAGGCCACAUGUACUGUUAUAUCUGAAAUUAUUAAUCUGUUGUAAACAAGCUGUUAAAGGAAAACUCCACUUUUUCUGUGCAUUACCAGCUCCCCUCAGGUCUGAUCUGGCUAUCCUGAAUGACCGCUUCAUGCUAAUGGAGCAGCUGUUUAACUAAAAAAAAAAAAGCUGAUUUGAGGUUUUGAAACAAAUGAGCAUGCAGUAAUAACAUGGGUCUCCAUUUUGAUAUUCGGAAAGUUUUGGGAUGGCCGCUCCAAAACCCUGCAUUAGUUGACUGGCUUGUAUCCCAAAACCAGGAUUUUUCUGUUGUACAGCCACAUCAUGUAGGCUAUACAUCAUUUUUCCAGUACCUCAUUACAUUUCUUUUGCUCUAGUAAAUGUUUUCAUGUUGGGCUAAUUAUGGAGUGAGUAAGAACAGAAUGCACAGAAGAACCAUAAGUCAAUUGAUCCAUGUUAAACUACUCUGGGUUGCAGUGCCUUUCUCUGUUAAUUAGAAAACUGCUGGUUGUGGUGCAAAAAUGUUUUGGAUUGAAUCUGGAGGUUUUUUUAGCAGUGUGUUAAGUGUCUGAAGCAGGUUGUGAAAGUGAGGUGUAAAAAUGAAGUUUGGGAUCAUUUUGUUUUUCAUUCGAUUUAAAUCGCACGUAUUUUGGAAGUGUGAUUGCAAACUGUCAGUGAAUGAUUUCUAUAUUUUUAAUCCCAUAGCUCCUUGUGUUGAGAGAGAUCCCUUGUGUUCUCCACCCUAAUAUGAGCAGUAUGCCUUAGCCACCACCUACUACUCAGGGCUUUGUUGAGUUUAUUCAGCUUUUAGGUAUUUCCCUGCACUGUCUGUAACUCGCAUGAGUUUGGGCAUCAGAUGUAGUUUUACUAUGCAUUUGCAAACAAAUUCAAAGGAGACCUGCCUUGUGAUGCCGACCCAUUAAUCGUGUUUUUCCCCCCGUGUCAUCCCAAGUGCGCCAGAAGUCCCAAGGAUCAUUUUCACUGUUCUUAAACCAGGAAGGACUGCUAAGAGGCAGCCCAAAUAGUUUCAAUCAAUUUUUAAGAUUGUUUUUCACUGUCUGCAUGCAAAAUUUAGUGUGUCCCAAAGUGUGCCCCGCGUGGUGGGAUUGCUUGCUAGGGCUUCCAGCUGGCACAAAGCACAAUCAAGUCCCAAGCUCAACACUCACCGAGACUGCAUCUGGAAAUUAACCUCCAGUCAGGUCUACAGAGGCUGUGCCCCACCCCAUUAUCAAAACCAAACAAAUGAAAGAGCUUGAAAGAGGGGGUUGUUUGUUUUUUUCCCCCAGGAGGUUUCUUCCUUCAGGUGAUUUUAACCAUGAAAUCUUGCAGUACAAAUGUAGAAGUACAGAGCUUCAUUGUACCUUCCUCCAGCAUUUUCUAACAUUUCCUGCACCACAAGAUCCUUACCGAAAUAAUAUAAUUGUAAUUUUACUCUGCCUCACUUCACCAUGUGUACAGAAGACUUCACACAAACAGCUCACUAGGAUCCCAAAUCUGUCGAUUGUAUAUGUUGGUGCCAUGUGGCUUUUAUUUCUGUUAACAUAAAUUUAUCCCAUAUUUUGCUUUUUUCCCUAUUUUUUUUUUUUUUUUGUUUGUUUUUCUUGUAAAUGUACAUUUUUUUUUUUUUUUUUUUCCUGCCCUGUCUUUAUGUGUUUAAUUUAUCUUGUUUAUACUCGCUGUUAUAACACCAAGUAUCAGAUUAUUAAAAUUCAUUGGAAUUAUUUGCAAAUGUAAUGUCUAUUAAUUAGCAAAGAAUAUGUGAUCUUUCAGCAGUAUGUUGUAUACAAAUUACAAGGAAAUUAAAUUUAUACAGUUCUCUAAAAAAA